GCGCGUCGGUCGAAUUUUAAAUACAAAAUGAUUUUUAGGCAAUUUAUUUUCUGGUCUUUCUUAAUGCUGACGAUCGAUCCCAGUUUCGGCGUGGAGCUGCAAUCGGGCAGUCUGAAGUCGGAGUUCAGUGUGAAAUGUUUUGGGAUAAUGCAGCCGCUGCUGCAGGAUAUUGCUAUAAAAAAGGAGAAAAUUGAUCAAUGUGAUGCCGUUGUUCAAGGCAGAGACGACCAAUUGGCAGAGCUGCAGGGCAAAUACGAUCAGGUGCAAAUGAAGCUGGCCGUGGCCGAGACUGCGGCGAGAGAGAAGGAGCGUCAGAUCGUGCAGCAGCAGGAGCUGUGCAACUCCCACAAAAACAACAGCAACCUCAAGGACGAACUCAUUGCGGCCUACAGGCAGCAUGUCAAGGACAAAGCCUCUGAGAUUGACCAGCUGCAGUGGGAGCUCAAGGCGCAAGCAGAGCUUCUGGGCAACUGCAGCGCUCAGUCUAAGCAAAAGGAUGCGCGAAUAGAGCAGCUACAGGGAUUGGCUGACGCGAGUCAGUUAACAGGCGCGGAAGCAGCUCGAAACAUGACUCAAAGCGCGGAACAAAUUCAGCAGCUGCUGUCCGAGGCAAGGCAGCACAAAGAUCAGCUCGACAGCCUGAAGUCGCAGCUGAGAAACAAAGAGGAGUACAUCGAGAAGCUGCAGUCGGAAAUCGAGUGGAACAAGGUCAAUGCCGUGGAGCUGCAAGAUAAACUGAAGGAUCGAGAGGAGCAAAUCGAGAAGCUGCAAGCGGAUUUGGCAAAAAAACUGGAGCAACGAGACGCCUUCAGCAUGCAGUUGAAUGCGAGCGAGCUGCUGAACGAGCAAAAGAUGGCGGAGGUGAACAGCUUGAGGUCGGAAUUGAAUCGAACGCAGUUGCAGCUAUCGGAGUAUAAGAUCCAAAUCGAUAGGCUGCAAUCGACAAAUUGUUAUUGGUUUGGCAACUCGUCUGCAAUACACCAGAUACGUGCGCCUGGCAUCAAGCCCUUCGAUGUGCUCUGCGACUCGCAGCUGGCCGGGCCCGGCUGGACCGUGAUACAGCGUCGCUUCGAUGGCAGUGAGAAUUUCUAUCGAAACUGGUCUGAAUAUCGCAACGGUUUUGGGGAUCUGCACGGCGAGUUCUUCAUCGGCAUGGAGAAGCUCUACCGACUCACGCUGGCCCAGUCCAGCGAACUCUAUGUCCACUUGGAGAGCUUCGACGGGAGCGUCUACUAUGCCAGAUAUUCCGACUUCAGCAUUGGCAGCGAGAGCGAGUCCUAUAACCUGAAGCUGCUGGGCACCUACUCAGGCAACGCUGGCGACGGUCUGCACUAUGCCAAAUAUCGGAAGUUCUCCACCUUCGAUGUGGACAAUGACAGAUCUGACGACAACUGCGGCAUACUGAGGCACGGCGCCUGGUGGUACGACCGAUGCGGUCUCAGUAAUCUCAAUGGUCAAUACUUCAAUCACAGCUCCAAGGAUCCUCGGAGUAUUUUUUGGCUCGGCUCACAGAGCACAUCCUUCAAGAAAGUAUUAAUGAUGUUGCGACCCAAGACUGCUCAAUUUAUCUGAGCAUCGUAGCUAUUAUCAAAAUAGCUAUGAAAAAAGAAACUCCUU